AUGCCGGCGUCCGUGGGCGCCGCUGCGCUCCCGGUCACUCGCGUAAGAGCCACUUCCACUCAGCGCAACCCCAUCACGACGCAUUCCCGGCGUCGUUUCAUCCAGUACCUGGCCUCCAGAAACACUCUGUUCAACCUGAACAACUUCUUGGAUAAGGGCGCUCUGCAAGGUUACGACAUGUCGACCUUCAUCAGACGGUACAGCCGCUACCUGAACGAAAAGGCCAUGUCCUACAGGCUGGUGGCUGUGGAUUUCACCAAGAUGAAGCGGGGUAUUGAUGGUGUGAUGCGUACCAUGAACACGGAGAAGCUGAUUAAGACGCUGCCCAUCAUCCAGAACCAGCUGGACGCUCUGCUGGAUUUCCAGGCCAAUCCCAACGAACUGACCAACGGUGUGAUCAACUCAGCCUUCAUGCUCCUCUUCAAAGACUCUAUAAGGCUCUUUGCUGCUUACAAUGAAGGAGUCAUCAACCUGCUGGAGAAAUACUUUGACAUGAAGAAGAACCAGUGUAAAGAUGCUCUGGACAUCUACAAAAAAUUUCUUUACAGGAUGACGAAGCUGUCGGAGUUCCUCAAAGUGGCAGAGGUACAUUUAUUCACACACACACACGUAUACAUCCACACGGUAGGAAUAAACGUGUGA